AUGGGAGUUUGGAAGACCGAUCAACUCGCACCGGUGCGUGUGAACACCCCAACGAGUGGCACACCCGACAUCGCCGCUCGCGAGCCAACCACUGUUCUGGACGCAUUCAAAGACGUCGUGUCUCGCUUACCGCACGGACGAGCACUGAGCAUCAAGAAGGAUGACGAGUGGGUCACGCACACCUGGAAGCAGUACUACGAUAUCUCGCAAAAAUUCGCUCGAGCCCUCAUCCACGUAGGCGUGGAGCCGCACGAGGCCGUGAACGUUCUCGGUCCUAACUGCCCGGAAUGGCUGUUCACGAACAUGGGUUCCAUCAUGGCUGGCGCAGUGAUCGCCGGAGUCUACGUUACCAGUACGUCUGAAGCCUGUCAAUACAUCUCCGCACACUGCGACGCGAAGGUAGUGGUGGUGUCUGACAAGGCACAACUGGACAAGUAUCUGUCCGUGGUAGAUCAACUACCCAAGCUGAAAGCUCUGGUUGUGUGGAACGAAGACGACGUCCCCCAAGAGACCAACUAUAGUGUCCCAAUCUAUUCGUUCAGCGACUUCCUUCGUCUGAGUGAGAACGUGGAAGCGCGCUUGUUGGAUGAAAGGAUGGCAGCGCAGCUACCUGGUCACUGCUGCACUCUCAUCUACACUUCCGGUACAACCGGUCCUCCGAAAGCAGUGAUGAUUUCCCACGACAACUUGACGUGGACUGUGGUGGCAGCCAUGAACACACUGCCAGCCCUGGGAGAUGCUAAGCGAACUGUAAGUUUUCUGCCUCUUUCCCAUGUUGCAGCCCAAAUCUUGGACAUCCACUUGCCCCUCGCAAUCGGAUCCGAAGUUUACUUCGCUGGCCCAGACGCCCUACGUGGCGGUUUACUUGGAACACUUCAGGAAGUUCGUCCAAACUUCUUCUUCGGAGUGCCUCGUGUUUGGGAGAAAAUGAUGGAAUCACUCAAAGAGAAGCUCGGUGGCGCACCGGAAGGACUUAAGAAGUCGCUGCUAACAUGGGCAAUGGUCCAAGGUGCUGAGAACGCAGACCAAUCGCAGUAUGGAGCGACUCCAGGCUUGAGUUUGAGUUUCUGGGCUGCAGACUAUCUGCUCUUGGGUAAAGUGCGUAGUGCUCUGGGACUGGAUGAGUGCACCACGUUCUUAACGGGAGCUGCUCCAAUUGCUCCGGACGUCAUUCGCUACUUCAGCACUCUCAAUAUUCCUCUAUACGAGCUGUUCGGGCAGUCCGAGUGCACGGGGCCUCACUCCAUUAACACGCCAGACAAGUGGAAGAUCGGUACUGUCGGUCCCGAAAUGGAAGGUACGAAGACGCGUAUUGACCCCGACACUGGUGAGAUUCAGUACACGGGACGUCAUAUUUUCAUGGGUUACCUGAAGGACGAAGCAGCUACGAAGGCAACACUCGACGACGAUGGCUGGUUGUACUCGGGUGAUGUUGGUGAGAUCGAUAAGGACGGGUUCCUGUCCAUUACUGGGCGUAUCAAGGAGAUCAUCAUCACUUCAGGUGGUGAAAACGUACCCCCUGUUCUCAUUGAAAACUCGCUCAAGGCUGAGCUCCCGGUGUUGGCAAACGUGAUGGUAAUCGGCGAAAAGCGCAAAUUUCUGACGUUCCUGUGCUCACUGCGAGUGGAGCCUGAUGCCACUGGGGCACCCACCGACAAGCUGGACAAGACCGCUUUGGCUGUGGCGAAGGAGAUCGGUAGCAAUGCGACUACCGUUCCGGAAGCUCAGGUGUGUGAGAGGUUCCGCGAACACAUUGAAGAAGGCAUGGCUCGAGCCAACACGAAGGCUGCUUCGCGGGCUCAGCAACUGCAUAAGUUCUUCAUCAUCCCACGCGACUUCUCCCUCGACGGCAAUGAACUAACCCCCACAAUGAAGGUGAAGCGAGCAGUGGUGGAGAAGAAGUACAGCCAGGAAAUCGAGCAGAUGUACGCGCUUGCCAGCUUGUAG